AUGGACAGCUUUCUCAUGGCAAGACACGGUGGCGAUGACCACGGAGCGACAGGAACAGCAACUGCUUCGGAUGCUAUGCCGGGAAUGGAUAUGGGAUCCGGCACGAUGAACGAUACCCACGGCUCGACUGGCUCAAGCAUGAGCAUGAUGAUGAUGACCAUCUUCCAGACCAGUCUGAAGACUCCUCUCUACACCGAGGCCUGGACCCCGAACAGCGUUGGCACUUACGCCGCCACGUGCAUCUUCCUCAUCUUCUUGGCCUUCGGUCUUCGCAGCAUGCUCGCUCUCAAGUCUAUUCAGGAGAAGCGAUGGUUGGACAAGGACUUCAAGCGCCGCUACGUGAGCGUUAACGGCAAGCUCGGCAUGGCAGGAAAGAUGUCAACGGACAGCAUGGCAAAGCAAAUGGUACUUUCCGAGAACGGCCUCGAGGAGAACGUCACUGUCGUUCAGAAGGGACAUGGCAUUUGGAGGCCCUGGAGAUUCUCCGUUGACCCUGUUCGUGCUGUGAUUGACACUGCCAUUGCCGGAGUUGGGUAUCUUCUGAUGUUGGCUGUCAUGACAAUGAACGUUGGUUACUUGCUGUCAGUUCUCGGCGGCGUCUUCCUGGGCAGUCUCGCUGUUGGCCGUUUUGCCACUAUGGGCGAGCACUAG